UUACUUUACCUACUGUUUUCGUUUGUUUUUUUAUUGGUAAUCUGCUGUUUUUUAGUUUCUUGGGGUUGGCAACACAGCUUGCCAGCAUAACAAUCAUAUAACAAUACAAUAAUUGACAUCAAAGAGUAUAUAUGACAUUUGAUAAGAUUACAAUAGUUAUAUUUAUUGUCAAUUUAUUUGUAAUUGAGCAAUAUAAAUAUAUAUAAAAGUAUGAUUUUAUAGUAAAAUAAAACGUUGUAACUGUAAAUGUCAUCUCCAAUUUGUCUUUAAAUACUUCUCCUCAUUUUUACGUUUAAGAUGGAUAUAAGAGCUGAAAAGUUGGCAAAAGCAAGAAAAAAGUUGAGAGACCAUCAGGAAAAGAAAGUCACAUCAAGUCAUAAAGAAAACAUAGAAGGACAACCUAAGGAAACUUUAAAUGAGAAUCUAAAUAUGAUUACUAUUACUAAAAUGGAUCAAGAUCAAAAUAGUAUCACUAACGGAAAUCGGGCAGAAUUUUUUAAUAACCAAGAAAUGGACCUAAAAACAUCGGAAAUAAAACCAGAUGUAAUCACCGAAAUGCUUAUUUCAAAUAAAACUAACCUUGAAUUGCAAAUAAAGGAUUUAAGUGCAAAAUUAGCACAUAUGGAGACUCUAUAUGGACAAGAAAUUAGUUAUCACAAUAAUUGUAAACAACAGCAUAUUGCCUUACAAUCUGACAUAAACAAUUUAAUGACAAAAUAUUCUAUGGUCGUUCAAGAAGCUUCAAGUAAAGAUAAAGAACUGCAACAAUUAAAAAUUACAAAUCAGCAUCUUCAUGAAGAAAAAAAUAAUUUAUUUGAACAAGUAGAGUUGACAAAAUCAAUGUUAACUUCCAAAGAAUCUGAAAAUUCACAACUACUCAAUCAAGUAUCCACCUAUCAAAACCAAAUUGACUUGUUGCAACUUCAAAUACAACAGUUGACAAAUGAUUCUGUUGUUAAAUUUGACCAAAGUAAUGGAAAUACGAAAGAAACUGAGGCUUUGUUGCAAAAGAUUUCUAAUCUGGAGCUAAAAAUACAGACUUUGCAAAAAGAUAAAGAACAAAUCAAUUCACAUUAUGAACAUUAUGUACGAGAUUUGAAUGAGCAACUAAAGUCCGAGCUUAAUAAAAAUGAAACACUGUCAAAGGAUUUACAAAAUCUUUACAAUAGGGAACACAGUCUUAUAGAGCAAAUAAGUGAAAUGGAAAUCCGUUUACAAAACUAUGCAACUAAAAAUGACAGUGACUUGAGUAAACAAGUGCAAAUUGACACAGAUCUUCAAAACCAAUAUAUUGCAGCGAAAAAUGAACUAGAGGAAAUUAACGUUAAAUACAAUGAAUUAAAAAACAAACAUAUGGAUUGUCAAAAAAAAAUUAAUGAAUUAACCCAAGCUAGAGAAAUCGAAUCCCAAGAUAGUAACAUUUAUAAGCAUGACAAUGUUGAUAUCUCUAAGCUACACGCAGAUAUAGCAAGUGACAAAUUAGCUGCACAAAGAGCAACAGAACAAAAUAAAAAGUUAAAAAGUGACAUUGAGGCUUUGGAACAAGAUAUUGUUAAAAUGGGUAAGGAUAAAUUGGAACUUACAGAAAAAUGGACACACGAAAAGCAAUUAAAUAAAGGACUAGCAUUAAAAUUGGCAGAACUUGAAGAAUGUGCAAAAAAUAUGCAAAACCAACUAAAAGCUAAGGAUAAUGAAAUGAUAAGAUUACUAAACGAGUAUCGAGAAAUUGAGAGAAAACACGAAAUAAUAGUAAAAGACGUUCAUGAUAAGCAAAAUUCAGAUGUUGACAAUAAUGAACAAGAAACAGUAGAAACGGAAAAAAGCAAUGAUGACGCGGCGCAUGAACAAAGGUUGUUGACAACAACUUCAUACGAUAUAAAUACGAAGGUAACGGAUGCAAAAAUUAAAUUAGACAGUAUUUGCAUUAAAAAGGAGGAUGCUAUGGUUAAACUUCAAGAACGCUUUUUAAACAUAAUGGAUGAAGUUGCUAAUCUAUCAGACGAAAAACAUAGAUUAGAACACAUCAUCCUGCAGUUACAAAACGAGACAGAUACUAUUUGCGAAUAUGUCGCACUUUAUCAGCAACAACGUAGCUUAUUAAAGAAAAGAGAAGAAGAAAGAAGUAAUCAAUUAAAAAUUUAUCAAGAGGAAUGUGACAAAUUAAAACGUCAUUUAGAAGAGCUACGUGAUCUCCUCCUAAGAUUCGCAGCCGAUGAGGAGUUAGCCUCAUUUUUAAAAGAGGAAAGUAGGUAUAAUGAUUUAGCUAGAGUUAAAGAAUUACUUGAAAAGUUACAAAACUGCUCAUUGAUCAAUUCUAAGUUUAAUAACUUAGACUUGAAUAUUUUUUAUCCAUGUAAUUGUUGCUCUGGUCAACUUAUUACUAUUUGAAAUAAAAAUAAUAUGUAAUUUAACAAACAAACAAAAUGCUAUUUCGUUUUUUAGCACUCUUUAUUACGACAUGUAAAAUUCACAUUAAUUUAUUUAAAAAAUAUGUAACAUCUAGGUACAUAUUACUAUAUAUAUUUUAUACAUAAUAAUUAAUAAAUGUGCUAGAUACAUCUAAAUGGAAUUUUGAUACUUUGAUAUGAUUGAUGAUAUUUGAUAUCAUAUUUACACAAUGUUUAAAAUGACAUCACAUUGACAAAAGUUGACAAAAUUUUUUUUCCAACUGGUAUAGAAUUAAUAUAUACUUUUGGAAUAAAUGUAUUUCGUUAAAUCUUAAAUUUCCUAUUUUUAUACAAUUGUCUACUAACUUAAAAAAAAAAAUGAUAAUUUUCCAUACAAUUUUUCCUCAAAUAAGUUUUGUCAACUGUUGUCGUAAUGAUUCAAGCAAGUAGCAUAAACAGAAAGAGGUUUUUAAUAAUGAUAAUUUCGAUCAUCGUUAGUAUUAAUAUUAAUUUGAAAUAAUAUUUCAUCUCGACGGUUCACAUUUCAUAUGACAAAAAUAUAAAAUUUAAAUUUCAAUGAAUGUCCGCGUAUGUUCAAAAGCAAAUGCUAUUUAUGUAAGGAACGGCAAAGCAAGAAGCUUUCGCAAUGCCUUAGCAUCAUUGGAAAAGCUUUGGAACAAUUGUAAAGUCCAAAGAAAUUGAGCUUAAUGUCUGGACUUUGUUCGGUUCCUUAUCAUUAGAUUAGAAAAGUUGCACGAAAGUUGAAAUCAUAAACCAAAAACAGAAUUGUACAAUUCAGCUUGCGUAAGAUCGUCUUAAUAUGGCUAAGGCCCUAUCGAGCAACAUUCCUUCAGUGGUGAUUGAAAUUUCUUUUCUUCAAUGUUAAUAUUUUCUUUACGGGUUUUCGCCACUACGUAAUUAUUAAAACCGAAACUGAAUAAUUCUGAAAUUUAAGAAUAAUUAGUUAUUAUUAGUAAUUGCUUUAAGUCGGAAUUGUCUUUCGAUGAACGCUGGCGGAUCAAACCUGCCAACUUACGUAAAAGUACCUACCUAUAGCACGCCAACGUUUCUUGUUCGAUGAAUGAAAAAUAAUAUGAAUGAUGAUGAAAAAGUGCUAUUGGGUGUGAGGGUGUGACUCUGUGAGCUAAUUAUAAUUGACGGAAGCCAAGAAUCUGGUUGAUAAAUAACACUGGGUUGCGUAGACAACAAUAUACUCACAGUAUUUCUAAAAAAUACACGAGCAAUAUUUUUUUCUGUUCUCAAUCGUCGCGAGUCGGGUUUACAUUUCUAUUUUUAAAUAUUAAACCAAGUCCUCUUCAUUCUUUGAAGGCGUAGAAACCGCCAAAAAUUACAAAUUUAUACAAAUUAUAAUCGGUUAAAAUAAGUAAUCACUUUAUAUAUUUAGUUCUUAAAUUGAAAUUGUACCAUAUUAAGAAAUAAUAAUUGGUUUAGAAAGAAUAAGUUUUGACUUUCGAAACUGUUAAAAUGAUUAACAAAUGCAUUGUGUUAAUUUGUAUAUAUAUAAAAAAAAAUAGAAUUAACAAAAAUA